GCCGCCCAGACAUAGACCUCUCUUGCGCUACAACAUAGUCAUCUGCCCCCCUUCCUCGUGUUUUGCGAUUCCUGCCUCUCCCGUUGUGUUCCGACAUCUCCCUAGAGUCCACAGAACGAGACAUCUAUAAGGAGUCCCCACCACCCACAUUUGCAUGCGGCCCUUCUCAACUAGGUGUCUGCCAUCCUUCUUGCAACAUCCCAGGAAAGUACGCUACUAUUCCACUGCAGCCAAAGGCACACCGAUCAAGCACGACGCAAAUACUACCUCAAGCUCAACCUCAACAGAAAUGAGUAAUCUCAAAUCCGUACAAUUGCUCAGAAAGGAUUCUGGCAUGGUCACCGACAGCGCAGAGGUGGCCUCAAAGGGCAUCAAACGUCUGCAGCUGCCUGUAGGUCUGAAGGGGUUCAGGCUCCUCUACCACCCUCUCUACAACAAAGACACAGCCUUCACUCCGCAGGAACGUUUGGAUCUCGAGAUUGAGGGCCUCUUGCCCAAGACGUAUCUUAAUAUUGAUCAGCAAGUUGACCUCGAGCUAGAACGUCUUCGAUCCAAGUCUGAGCCUCUCGAAAAGUUCAUCGGUCUAUCUGCCUUGCAAGACCGUAAUGAAACACUCUUUUACCGUGUGGUGGUGAACAACAUUGCCGAAUGCAUGCCUAUCAUUUACACACCCACAGUUGGUAAAGCUUGCCAGCUCUACUCACACAUCUUCAGGCGCACGCGAGGAUUGUGGAUCACCCCAGACGACAUUGACCGAAUUCCAGAGGUCCUGAAGCAUUCGCCCAACCAGGAUGUGCGUCUCAUCGUCGUAACUGACAACGAGCGUAUUUUGGGUCUCGGCGAUCAAGGUUGUGGUGGAAUGGGUAUCCCCAUCGGCAAGCUCUCCCUCUAUGUGAGUGGGGGUGGAAUUCAUCCAAGUCAUACGUGUCCUAUUUCUCUGGACGUCGGUACGAACAACGAAACGCUGCUGAACGAUCCCUACUACGCUGGCUACCGACACAAGCGACUUCGAGGAGAGGCCUACAACGACUUUAUCGAGGCCUUUGUCACGGCCGUACAACAAGUUUGGCCACGCGCGUUGCUCCAGUGGGAAGACUUCCACAAGAACACUGCCUUUGACAACUUGGAGAAGUACCGCAAUCGAUUGCCGUCCUUCAACGAUGAUAUUCAAGGUACAGCAUGUGUGUCGCUUGGCGGAAUCCUUGCUGCCCUCACAAACCUCAACACCACACUGGAAGAUCAACGAAUUGUCUUCUUGGGUACUGGCACUGCUGGUGUCGGUAUCUCUGACCUCUGCCGACUCGGCUUUGAGCGUGCUGGCAUCUCUGAAGCUGAAAUUGCAAAGAAGAUGGUGUUCCUAGACUCCAAGGGUUUGCUGUACCACUCGCGUGGUAACUUCAAGGGCGACCCACAAAAGACGCAGGUUGCACUUCAGCAGCGCGAGAUGGACUUCUAUGGUUUCACUGGUGAUGCCGAUCUCGUCGAGGUGAUCAAGCGCGUCAAGCCAACCAUCUUGGUCGGUACAACUGCUGUGGGUGGCAGUUUCAAGGAAGAGGCCAUUCGUGAGAUGGCAAAGCAUUGCGACAGGCCCGUCAUUUUGCCGCUUUCUAACCCUACAUCGUUGGCAGAGUGCACUGCACAGGAAGCCAUUGAGUGGACAGACGGUAAGGGCAUUGUCGCUUCUGGCUCACCAUUCGACCCUGUCGAGCACAAGGGCAAGACACACAUCAUCGGUCAAGCCAAUAACGUCUUUUGCUUCCCCGGUGUCGGUCUUGGUUGCAUUGUCUCAAACACACGCAUUGUCACCGAUUCUAUGUUCCUUGUUGCCGCAGAUGCCAUGGCCGAGUGUGUCUCUGCUGAGCGUUUCAAGACGGGCAGUAUCUUCCCACCUACGCCAGAACUUCGCAAAGUCUCUGCCCACAUUGCCAAGGCUGUUGUUCGGGAAGCCAUGCGUUUGCGAUACGGCCGCAUCAUGAAGGAUGAAGAGGUCGAGCGUGCCGUCGAGGACGAAAUGUGGGACCCUGCCUACACCAGCUACGAGAAGCCCGUUGACGUCAAGCUUUAGAGCAAGAAACCUUUCACUAUAUUCAAAGACGGCAUCCAUAGAUCGCCACAUUAUUUUUAUGACACUUUCUACACUGCUCCUGUGCUAGACAACAAAUUGAUAUGCUACGAUGUUA